ACCGCAAGCCGCGUACAUAAGAGCUUCCCCGCCGCCAUGACGAAGAAGCACAUCAAGAUCUCUACCGGCCUCAAAAUCGACGCAACGAACUACUACGAGCGCAGAGAGGACCACCGCACCGGCGAGACUACCACAAUCAGCCACAACCGCCCUGUGUCUGGCACGUCAUCCGUCACCAUCACCAGCAAGCCUCUGAAAGUCGAUCAUAGUUGUAGCUCGGGACCCCGCAAGACUGAGCAUCACUCCACGUGGAUUCCCAAGGUCGAGAAAGAAACGCGCACCUCUUCCGCGGAAACCAAGAAGGGCGAGUCGUACGAUAGCUCAGCGCUUUUCGAAUAGCACCUUGUCACCGUGACAUCACCAUGGAAAACCAACAGCCUCUGCGCAUCGUUGUCGGCAGCGACGACGCCGGCAUCAACUACAAAAACACCAUUAGCUCCGACCUGUCCAACGACCCCCGCGUCGCCGACGUGAUUGACGUCGGCGUCUCCGAAACAGACGACAAGACGGCGUACCCGCACAUAGCCGUCGACGCGGCAAAGCUCAUCUACGAAGGCAAGGCCGACCGCGCCUUGCUCAUCUGCGGAACCGGCCUAGGCGUCGCCAUCAGCGCAAACAAGGUCCCCGGAAUCCGUGCCGUCACGGCCCACGACAGCUUCAGUGUCGAGCGUGCCAUAAUGAGCAAUGAUGCGCAGGUCCUGUGCAUGGGCGAAAGAGUCAUCGGACUGGAGGUCGCACGACGUCUCGCCAAGGAGUGGUUGGGCUAUAGAUUCGAUCCCAACAGCGCUAGUGCGCAGAAAGUCAAGGCUAUCUCCGACCAUGAGGUUAGGAAUUUUGACUUGAAGGUUUGAGUUUCAUUUAUCCGUGGAGCAAGAGAAGUUUACAAACGUUUCGGUGUUUUUCCUGACUGGCCCUGCCGAUUUUUCUGUCCUUGAACGGAUAAGCAAGCAUAUAUGUUUUUAUUAGUACCAAUCAUUCUUCAUUCCGAACGCAACGCCUUAGCGUGAACCUCUCGAUUCAUCAAACAGCAUCAAUGCCACGACCCAACCUAAGCUACCAUUCAGUUCUCUUCAUACAUCUACAGGCUAGUUCAUGCCAUUGUCGAUCUACGGCCUGCUACAGGGUACGGUUACAAGCAUUAACUGCUUUGCUCUCGGUUUAUACCGACCACUGCGUCGGGAAGAAUGGAACUUCGUUGAAGUCGCGGGUGUAGGAAGUACUUCCGAGAGACGUCUUCAAUAUCCUCUAAACACAUUAUUCUGGCUUUCUAUUUGCUAUACUAUUGUUUUGUCCAUGAAGCUACUGGAU